AUGCAAGAUCAAGUCGAAACCGAAGCUUUUCUCCGAGGGCGCCUCCCGGACGACAUCACAUCAAGCAUAACGGGAAAUACAUCCGUUGAACUCAAGGAAAUACCUGUGAAAUGGCUGGCUAUUUUCAGGAAUAAUGGGUCAGGGUUUGGAGGAAAUAUUUCAGCGAGGAUCAAUGUCGUCGACGUUUCUGUGGUGGCCAACGGUGAUGACCCUUUGAAAACGGAAGGAAAGGUGACUUGCGAGAUUGAAGUAACACCAGAUAUGUGUAAUAGUAAUGGAAUCCUAAAUGAAGGAUGUAUAAUUUAUCUUAUUGACGAGUGCUCUACAUUGGCCAUGGUCGUUAUUAAUGCACAUACCGGUUUGAACACUCCUCCAGGUGUAUCUCAAACCAUCAAUACUUUUUUUCACUUCCCGGGUGUCAUUGGUACAAAGCUGCGCAUCAUAAGCACGUCUCUCGCAUCCGGAGAAGAGACAAAUACUGGGAGAUGCGAUGUUUGGGACAAAGACAAGCAUCGACUCAUUGCCACCGGAAUUCAGCAAACGACAUUGCCUUCAAGACCCGCAAAAUGGCUCAAGGGAUGA